AUGAGAUUCUUUGGGAAGAAUGAUGCGCAAAUUGCGCCUGAACGUGCGGUGGAGACCACUAUUGCUCCAGACUCCGAGAAGACUGCAGCGCAGCCUGAGAAUACCCGCGCAGAGUCGGUGAUUGAUCCCGCUGUGGAAGCGCGAGUUGUGAGGAAACUGGACUUAAGAGUCCCGACGCUUCUCGGAUUCUUGUAUCUUGUGGCCUUUCUUGACAGGAGCAACAUCGGAAAUGCCAAAAUUGCAGGAAUGAAGCAUGAUAUUCAUCUCACCGGAAACCGCUACUCAUGGCUCCUGACGAUCUUCUACAUUUCCUACACUGUCUUCGAGUUUCAAGCGUUGAUGUGGAAAAUCCUCCCGCCCCACGUAUGGGCUGCCAUUGUUGUUUUUGGCUGGGGUGUCGCUGCUACCUGCCAAGCUGCCGUUCAAAAUUGGCAGGGUGCAAUGGCCCUUAGGUUCUUGCUCGGUGCCUUUGAGGCAGGGUAUGGUCCCGGUGUCCCUUACCUGUUGUCCUUCUUUUACCGUCGUCACGAACUCGGCUUGCGUUGUGGUUUAUUUCUGGCUGCAGCGCCCCUUGCAAACACAUUCGCCGGUGCACUGGCUUAUGGUAUCACAUCUGGACAUUCCAAGUUGGCAAACUGGCGCUUGCUCUUUCUUGUAGAGGGGGUUCCAACACUCAUCGGUGCUGUUCUCGCUUUCUUUUUCCUGCCCGAUCAUCCUUCUUCUGCCAACUUUUUGACGGAAGAGGAAAAAGCAGUUGCAAGAGCCAGGGGUCUCCUCAGAUCCGGCGAUGCGGAGCGUGUGCAAGGUAUCGACUGGAAGGAGAUUUUGCUGACGUUGCUGGAUCCUAAAGCAUGGUUUACAGCGUUUAUGUACUUUAGUUGCAAUGUCAGCUUUUCCUCUCUCCCAGUUUUCCUUCCUACCAUUAUCAAAGACAUGGGCUUCACUGCCAUUAAUGCACAGGGAUUGACGGCACCCCCAUUCUUUGUUUCGUUCUUGAUGACUAUCUUCACUUCAUGGAUUGCCGAUCGCCUCCAGCAGCGUGGCCUUGUAAUAAUAGUCAUGUCAAUUAUUGGGGCGGUUGGCUAUGUCCUCCUCGCAACUUGCACCACUAUCGGAGUCCGUUACUUUGGAGUUUUCCUGGCUGCCAGCGGAGUCUUCCCUUGCAUUGCCAACAUACUUCCUUGGGUUCUGAACAACCAGGGCUCCGAUACCCGCCGCGGUAUGGGCAUUGUCAUCCUCAACGUAAUCGGACAAUGCGGCCCAUUCCUAGGUACGAACGUAUUCCCCGACAGAGAGGGGCCACGUUAUAUUCGAGGCCAAUGGAUCUGUGCCGCAUUCAUGUUCUUCACCACGUUCCUUGCCCUAGGUCUCCGACAGCUCCUUUGGUGGGAGAAUAGACGUCUAGACAGGGAGCAAGAGACGAUGACGCAGAUUAAUUCCGAAGAGUUGGAAAAGGGCGCUCCCGUGGCAGUUGCGGAGGAGAAUUAUGGAUCUACUUUCAGAUAUGUGUUGUGA